AGUCUACUUAAAACCUUGCCUACUACCAACCACAAUUGUUUCUUAGUUUUUAAGCAACACCACCUCCUUUUCUUCUUUCUCACUUUUAUUAGUUCAAGAAAGUAAUCAAAAUAAAAUUUUAGAUGCUUCAUUUAAAUAGUUUUAAAAUUAUUUAUUAUUUUUUUUUGAUUUUUUUUUUUACAGAGCUAUGGUCACUUAUUUCCUCUAAAUUAUUCUCUAUUUUUCUUUGUUGAGAUAAAUAAUGUUUCUUCUCUUUUUUCCCAUUUUGGCUUGACCUUGAUAUCAUCGUUACCUCCAAAGUAAAAGGUAGUUAAUGUAUUUCUUAAAAUUAAGGGGGGUGUAUGUUAAAUUAGUAAAUUACGAAAUUGACUGUACAGAGAGCCUUUAGGUACAACUUCCAAAUAGGAAAGUACAACAGUAGAACGUUGAAAGAUCUUUUUCUUUAUUACCUGUAAAGAAAUCAAGAAAAUCUCCAUUUUUGAAGCACACCCUUUGUAAGAAAACUCAAAAGGGUGUCUGAAAAAAUGGUAAAAGAGGAGCUCUUGAUAGAAGAACAAGAAGAAAGGCAACUGGGUUCAGUAAAGGUCCCGCUGUGUGUGGGGUUCAGGGAAGGACCGGUUCUAUUAGAAGAAGAAGGUGCAGUAAAGCUCCCGCUAUGCAGGGGUUCUGGGGAGGGACUAUUGGAAGAAGAAGAAGGAGGAAAAUGGAAUGUUGAAGAGGAGAAGAAGAGGAGAAAAUGCAAGAAUGUAAUUGAAGAAAUAGCGGAGAAGUUGAAGAGUGAAGUGGUGGAAGAGGUAGUUAAGAUUGAAGCAGCUAAAGAUAUUAGGAAAUUGGUGAGGAAAUCAUCUUCUUCCGGCAAGACUCGUUCACGGUUUGCUGCUGCUGGUGUUAUUCCGCCCUUGGUUCAUAUGCUUCACCCUUCUUCUUCUUCUUCUUCUUCUCUUCUUGCUCGUGAAGCUGCUUUAUUAGCCCUCCUAAAUCUUGCCUCCCGUAAUGAACGAAACAAGAUAAGGAUCGUUGCGUCUGGUGCCAUCCCUCCACUUGUGGAGCUUCUCAAGUUCCAGCAUGACAAUUUGAAAGAACUAGCAACUGCUGCUAUUUUGACAUUGUCAGCUGCUGCAACCAACAAACCAACAAUAGCUGCAUCCGGAGUUGGACCUCUUCUGGUGCAGAUCCUGAGUUCAGGAACUGUUCAAGGAAGAGUUGAUUCCGUCACAGCCCUCCACAAUCUCUCCACAAGCAAAGAAGAUCCCAAGCUGGUUCUUGAUGCUAGAUCGGUUUUUCCACUAAUGAAUCUCCUCAAAGACUGCAAGAAGUAUUCCAAGUUUGCAGAGAAAACCACAGCCCUCUUGGAAAUCCUCUCUAAUUCUGAGGAGGGAAGAGAUGCAAUUACAAAUGCAGAGGGUGGUAUACUGACUCUAGUGGAGACUGUUGAAGAUGGGUCACUCGUCAGCACAGAGCACGCUGUUGGAGCUUUGCUGUCAUUGUGUCAGAGCAGCCGAGACAAGUACAGGGAACUCAUUCUCAAAGAAGGCGCCAUUCCAGGCCUUUUACGACUAACUGCAGAGGGCACACCUCAAGCUCAGGAAAGAGCUAGAGCACUUUUGGACUUACUUCGAGACUCUCCUGCUGAAAAUAGAUUCUCAUCGUCCACAUUGGAAAGAAUAGUGUAUGACUUUGCUGCGCAAGUAGAUGGAACAGAUAAAGCUGCUGAAACAGCCAAGAGAUUGUUGCAAGACAUGGUUCACAGAAGUAUGGAGUUGAGCAUGAGUCAUUUACAGUUGCGGGCUUCAUCUUGUACCCCUUCAAAGGUGCAGUCUGUAUAAUAGUUAUAUAGUAUACAGCUAAGAGAAAAGAAGCUAUGUAAAUGGACUAUAUUAGCUCUUCUUCCUCUGCCUGAUUUUAUGUGGAAAGGCCCGAGUUGCAUAGACCAUAUAACUGGAAGCUGGUAGCUAGUAGAUAGUAUUACAUGCUGGCGGUAACACCAGUGGCCUUGUUAAGGUGAUUUUCUUGACCUUAAUUAGCAUUGUACAUUUCUAAUUUAAUCACUCAUUUGUAAAGUUUGCAAGUUCUUGCACAUUGCCAUUUCGCAUAUGUUACAUCUAUCAUUAUUUUGUGCAAAAGAAAAUUCAUUGUACCUAGGUCUUUGUCAUUUGGCAUUAUACAGUUUCUUCCUAAA